AUGAUUAUCGGUGGCGUUAACAUUGUCAGUCGCCAAAUCGUGCGAAACCUUCUCAAUGCAUCCCUUCAACAACAACCCUGCGGAGUAGACCUUACCCUCCGCUCCAUAUCCAACUGGACCUCUGCAGCCACCAUCGACUUCGACAAUACCCACCGUCGCGGCGCCAAAACUUCCAUCCUACCAUUUUGCUCACAAACACAUACUAUCACUCUCCAGCCUGGCGCAUAUCUGAUCGAUUUCAACGAGACUGUCAAGAUUCCUAGAGAUUGUAUGGGAAGUGUGUUUCCACGAUCGAGUCUGUGGAGGAGUGGGGUGAGUGUGUCGGCUGGAGUUGUGGAUGCUGGGUAUGAAGGUGCGAUGGGUGCGUUAUUGGAGGUAAAGAACCCUUGUGGAGUUGUCUUGUACAAGGACGCAAAGUUGGCACAACUUGUUUUGGAGCAGAUGGAGGGAGAGGUGGAGGGAUAUAGCGGGGUCUACCAAUCAUCAAUCAGUAGUGUUGGUGUCGAUGGUGCGAAAAUGAUGUGA